UACUGCGAUUGUUGUCAACAAAGAAGUCACAUUCGCUUCUCUGCACUUUUGCAUGCCGGAAUGGCAGGGGCAAAACUUGUUUCAGUUGAGUACGAAGUAUUUGGCAAAGUUCAAGGUGUAUUCUUUAGAAAGCACACCCAGAAGACGGCUAAGUCCCUGGGGUUAGUAGGCUGGGUCAGGAACACGAACCAGAAAACAGUGGAGGGCGAGGUCCAGGGGGCCGAGGACAAAGUCAAACAGAUGAAGACUUGGUUACAAACAAAAGGAAGUCCAAGUUCAAGAAUUGACCGUGCAGUGUUCAAAAAUGAAAAGACAAUUUCAUCUGUUAAAUAUCAGGAAUUUUCAGUCAGACACUAGCGAUGUUUUUUGGUUUAUUUCCCAGACAGAAGUUUAAGUAAUUUGAUUAAUUUGAUUUAUAUGUUUGUUGGUGGUUUUGUUAGCUGGCCAGUUAAGAUUUUGUUGUAUUUUCUAAUUAUAUUGUUGUUUUUAUAUGUUUUAGCCAUGUCAAGUGGUGAAGAUACUAAAGACUCGUAUAUGAAUACUAGUAUAUUCAAAGAUAACGAAUACAGAGAAGAAAUUGUGUAAAUUGUCUGUACAUCAAAUGCGUGUGCGUGACAAUCUGCAUCUCUGUUAAACGGAUAUAAAAACUUAUGAAAAUAUCAGACUGUCAGACUGUUGCAGCAGAGUUAUAUAUUCGAUAAAUUUUGCCAUAAGGUCGAUUACUAUCCGACGAGGCCCAUGUAUUUUUAACUGCUACGGUUUGAUAUAUUUAGAAAGACAUUUAAUACUAGUAAUCUUUUAUAUAACAGGCACUUAUAUUAUAUACACAAAAAUACAACUGUUUACUUGUUACGUAUUUUCUAGUGUUUUUCUUUAAGCACAACGCAAAUAUUUUCGGAAACCUUCCCAUUAAUUUAUGGAUUUGUGUAAUAAAUUAUGUUCUACGAAGACCAUGGUAUUGAAAUACUUGUUGUUGACUAAUUCCUUGUUGUCCUCGCCCCAUUGACGGUUUUAUUUCGAAUUUUGUGAUUUCAAUAAUAAAACAUAUUCUGUUCGACCAA